CCCUCGCCUCCUCGCCCUCUUGCUACUCGCCUGCGGGCCCACCUCUCUCGUUCAACCUCGACUGUGCCCGAUCCCGCUCGUCCCACACCGCCAUGGCCGACGUCUCUGCUCCCGAGAUCAAGGACGCCUACGACGCCGUCCGCAACGACAAGGACCCAAAGACCUGGCUCCUCCUCGACUACGCCGGCGACCGCAGCGACAAACUCGUCCUCACGGCCACCGGCGAGGGCGACCUCGAAGAGCUCAAGAGCAACCUCAAGGACACCAACGCCUCGUUCGCCUACCUGCGGGUCAAGUACGCCAACGACGUAGAGUCGACUCGCGAAAAGUUCAUCAUCAUCACGUGGAUCGGCAAGGACGUCCGAGUGCUCCGCAAGGCCAAGCUCUCGGUCCACGCCGCCGACGUCAAGCGCGUCCUGUCCGUCUCGUCGCUCGAGGUGCCGGCCAACUCGCUCGACGACCUGGCAGAGGAGCCCAUCGUCGUGCGGUUGCGCAAGGCGGGAGGAGCGAGCUACGACCGCGCAUAGACCUGCAUCGACCGCCAUUCUUCUCGGGUUC